GCGUGGAGGGGCUAUAUAAAGGUUGGUCUUUCUUCCUUUCUGUCCCAGGUUGUUGUUCGAUGGUCUUUAGUGGUUGUGAGUUAUAUAAUUCUUGUAUUUAUUUAUUUCCCCACUAUACAACGAACUUUAACAGGUUUAUCAAUAGAACACAAAACUAGUACAGAUAUCCAUAUAUACACAAAAGAAAUAUGUCAAAAGCUGUCGGUAUUGAUUUAGGUACUACAUACUCAUGUGUGGCACACUUUGCCAACGACAGAGUGGAGAUCAUUGCCAACGACCAGGGUAACAGAACCACUCCAUCUUUCGUUGCCUUCACGGACACAGAAAGAUUGAUUGGUGAGGCUGCCAAGAACCAAGCUGCAAUGAACCCACAGAACACAGUCUUUGAUGCCAAGAGACUUAUUGGUAGAAAGUUUGACGAUACGGAGGUGCAAACGGACAUGAAGCACUUCCCUUUCAAGGUCAUCAACGAAGGGGGUAAGCCAAAGAUCCAGGUCGAGUACAAGGGUGAAACUAAGGUGUUCACUCCGGAAGAAAUUUCUUCCAUGGUGUUAACUAAGAUGAGAGAAACCGCCGAAGCAUUCCUGGGUACUAAGGUUAACGACGCAGUUGUCACUGUUCCAGCAUACUUCAACGACUCCCAGAGACAAGCAACCAAGGAUGCAGGUGCCAUUGCAGGUUUGAAUGUUUUGAGAAUUAUCAACGAGCCAACGGCUGCCGCAAUUGCCUACGGUUUGGACAAGAAGGAUUCCGGAAAGGGUGAACACAACAUUUUGAUCUUCGACUUGGGUGGUGGUACUUUCGAUGUUUCUCUUCUAUCUAUCGACGAAGGUAUUUUUGAGGUCAAGGCUACCGCUGGUGACACCCAUUUGGGUGGUGAAGAUUUCGAUAACAGAUUGGUUAACUUCUUUGCCACCGAGUUCAAGAGAAAGUACAAGAAGGACUUGACUUCUAACCAGAGAGCAUUAAGAAGAUUGAGAACUGCUUGUGAAAGAGCAAAGAGAACUUUGUCAUCUUCUGCUCAGACUUCAAUUGAAAUUGACUCCUUGUUUGAAGGUCAAGACUUUUACAGCUCUAUUACCAGAGCCAGAUUUGAAGAACUUUGUGCUGAUUUGUUCAGAUCCACGCUGGACCCUGUCGAAAAGGUUUUGAAGGACUCAAAAUUGGACAAGUCCUCAAUUGAAGAAAUUGUUCUUGUCGGUGGUUCUACCAGAAUCCCAAAGGUUCAAAAAUUGGUUUCCGACUUCUUCAACGGUAAGGAACCAAACAAGUCUAUCAACCCAGAUGAAGCAGUUGCUUAUGGUGCCGCUGUUCAAGCUGCAAUUUUGACCGGUGACCAAUCUUCCAAGACUCAAGACUUAUUGCUAUUGGAUGUCACUCCAUUAUCUUUAGGUAUUGAAACCGCUGGUGGUGUGAUGACAAAGUUGAUUCCAAGAAACUCUACUAUCCCAUGUAAGAAGUCUGAAACUUUCUCCACCUAUGCUGACAACCAGCCAGGUGUCUUGAUUCAAGUCUUCGAAGGUGAAAGAGCAAAGACGAAGGAUAACAAUUUGCUAGGUAAGUUUGAAUUAUCUGGUAUUCCUCCAGCUCCAAGAGGUGUCCCACAAAUUGAGGUCACUUUCGAUAUUGAUGCCAACGGUAUCCUUAACGUUUCUGCUCUUGAAAAGGGUACUGGUAAGACUCAAAAGAUUACCAUUACAAAUGACAAGGGUAGAUUGUCCAAGGAAGACAUCGAAAGAAUGGUAUCUGAGGCUGAAAAGUUUAAGGAAGAGGAUGAGAAGGAGAGCAAGAGAAUUGCUGCUAAGAACCAAUUGGAGUCUUAUGCUUACUCUUUGAAAAACAGUGCUAACGAGGCCCAAUUCGAAGAAAAGGUCGGUGCUGAAGACAAAGAGAAAUUGACCAAGAAGUGUGAAGAAGUUAUUGAGUGGUUAGACUCCAACCAAACUGCAUCUACUGAAGAAUUUGAAGACAGAUUGAAGGAGUUAGAACAGGAAGCUAACCCAAUCAUGCAAAAGUUGUAUGCAGCUGGUGGUGCCCCUGGUGGUGCUCCAGGUGGUGCUCCAGGUGGAUUCCCAGGUGCAGAUGCAGGUCCUUCUGUCGAAGAAGUUGAUUAAGCGGUUUGAUCAACUUAAAAAAACCGCUAAUGAUUUAUGUUUCUCCAUAACUGUUUUUCUUUUUUGUCACUUUACCACUCCAUCCACGAACCUAUAUA